CCCACACUAACGCAAGCCAUUGCCGUUCCCGGUGGCAUGUCAAUAGUCCAGCUGCUGCCAACCAACCAGGCGAGCAACAUGGUCCAGUCGGUCAUUCAGCCGAAUCACCAGUCGGUGAUUCAGGCGCCCAACACUACCUCACUACCUCUACAGUUGUCCGGCGGCGGCGGUGGUAAUAAUGGCAAGGACGGCGGCGGCGGCAACAACAGCGACAGCGGCAGCGCCGGCAGCGAUGCCGCCGCCCACCAGGCGGCCAUCUACGCCGCCGACGAGGAGGCGAAGCGGCGGAGAGAGGGCCUGGCCAGGCGGCCCUCCUACCGCAAGAUUCUCAACGACCUCACGGACGGCGGCGACAAGACCAUGCUGCCCGCCUCCAUACAGAUCGGCGGAGGGGACGGCGGACAGGGCGGCGGCGGCGGCGGCAUUUCCACCAUCAUGACCAGUGGCUCCAGUGGAAAUGGCGGUGGGGGCGGUGGUAGUACCAUUGUUCAGUACGCCUCUGCCCAUGACGGACAGUUUAUUGUGCCCG